GGCAUCCCUCAGAGGGGACAUGGGCACUGAUCAUCAGGGCACUGAUGAUCAGUCAGUGCCACCUGUCAGUGUCCAUCAGUGCCAGCUGUCAGUGCUCAUCCAUGCCACCUGCCAGUGCCCAUCAGUGCCACAUCAAUGCCACAUUUCAGUGCCUACCAGUGCACAUCAAUGCCACAUAUCAGUGCCCAUCUGAGCUUCCUUUCAGUGUCACCCAUCAGUGCCAGUCAGUGCCACCUAUCAGUGCUGCCAAUCAGUGCCACCUAUCAGUGCCAGUCAGUGCCACCUAUCAGUGUGCAUCAGUGAUGCCCAUC